AUGCUGACGAGGAUAAACACGGCGGAGUCCGGAAAACCGUACACGUGGCUUAGCUAUAUUAUCAUCUUCAGUGAUAUUACGAUCACUUUAUCCCUCCACGUUCUGACUCUCGGAUGUUUGGCGAGCUCUGCCAUAUUCCAUCCAUCUUUGACACACAAGAUCGCGCCGAUGGUGCAAGUGCGUCUUCCAAAGUAUCGAUUCGAAGUUUGCGCAGUCUCAAGUUUACCACUCUUAGUAGUAAGUUUGGUUGGAGUUGGUUCUUUUUAA